UAUCGUCGCUCCGUAGUCAGGUUGUCUCUCUACCUCGUGAAGCCGUCGAUCGCGUCAAACUCAAACCAAGAAAAUAAUUCGCACUCUCGUCGCAACGAUCAACAGUUAGACUUGGAGGGGCUGAGUUUUGUUUGCUUGUGUAUUGCUCGGCACGGGCUGUCGUUGGUGUGAACGAGUAGUGCUGAACGUGGGUCGACCAGUAUCCAACAGCGGGAUCGCAGGUAGCACCUACUGCGGAAGCAGAUCAGGAGCGCGCUAAGCGACACCCUCACGAGGCAUGGCGCUCGCAGACGUGGAUACUUGACUCUUGAGGCUGCUCGUCAGUGAGAGCUAGAGCCGGGAAGGGACGUCGCAAGCGUGCCAAGGGUUGCCCUGGCAACGGGCGUGGCAACAUGGAGGACCACCGUAUUGCCUGGUUGAAGCAGCAGGUGCUGGAGAGCCUAGCGUUGGACAGGUACCUAGAGGCUGCCAGCAAUGCCAGCGACAAGGAGAGAGAGCGCGUGCAAGCACUUGGAGGAAGUCCCGUCCUGGAAAGUAGCAAUCAGGCGGAAGACGUCCUGGAUGCCUUCGACGAAAUGCUGGAAGCAGACAACGGCUCGGUGCUACGAAAGCUACUGCGCUACUUGAAUGACCCGGUGACCGGAAGCAAUGCCGGAACUGAGGAAUCACCGGCCUCACCAAGCGCCCUGCUGUUCUUUGCAGAUCUCUACACUGUCGAGGAGUCGUGCAUCCUACAUGGAGAUCGGUACCGACAGGAGCAGAGUCUCAUUGCCAAAGAAGCAGAAGAGGAGAAGAGGCGCAAGGCGGAGAAUGGAAGUGCAGAGGAUGUGGGCGCUGCCAAUGGUGCCAGUGCUGCCAAUGAACCGUCUGCACAGGGCGGAGGUGAGACAUCCGAUGACAAGUCAGCACUGGUUACAUCAUCCGAGGCCAGUCUACCCGCGGAUGCUCCCGUACUCAAAGAGGAGCGCGUGAAGUAUUUGGAGUAUCGUGUGCGCAUUCAGAACAUCUGGAACCACUUGACGGAGCCAGUUGGUGACCACAACGUUGUGUAUUUCAUUCGUAACACCAACGAUGCCAUACUGGAGGCGUCCGAUGAAGACGAAGCGAAUCUGAAAAUGGCGGCGUCGUUUGAGGUUGGCACUAUCCGCGGUGGUGACAGCGACUGCAGUUUGGAACGCAUCGAGGAGCUCGUCAGCCUAGUCUACCUGCCAUUGAUCGCCGGCGAGAAACAGAGGAAUAACCCGAGCCUCCUGAACGGCCUGGGUUCGGCAGCGAGUCGUCCGGUGACUCGUGGCGGCGCCCGGCCCGGCAACGCACGCCCUGGCAGUGCCUCCAGCUCUUCACGGCGCGAUCGGCCGACGAGUGCCAACGGCGGUGGUGGAGGCAGCGGGAAUGGCAGCGGACAAUCGCGAUCGCUGGGCGCCGAGAAGCUGCUUAAGAUGAAGCGCCUGCGUAGCGAGGACAUUCCCGACGACGCGCUGGACGAGGAGGCGGAGGUGCAGGGACACGCCGAGCUGGUGCUGAGCGUGAAGAGGUUCGCCGACUGCGUGUCCCAGACGUUGACGCAGGUUCAAAAUGCUGACCGUCUGGAACUUCCCAGUGAAGACCUACAGAACCUGGAGGCAGCAUGUCAGAACUCCUACAUCUGCACUCACCUGGAACAACUGCUGGAGACGUGGGACACUGCCAUCUGCGAUUGCUUGGAGACACAGACGAAGAAAGUGCCUUCGGGCGAUGGUCCGCUGGAGGAAGUUGAAUAUUGGCGAGACAGGACCACCGUCUACACGACACUGCUGGAGCAGCUGAAGAAUGCCGUUAUCAAGCGCGCCGUGGAAAUCCUGCGCCGCAUCGAUUCGCCACUGCUCACCUCGUUUGACUUUCAUCGCAAUGACCUCGGCAAACAACAGGUGGAAGCCAAGGACAAUGUUCGCUUUCUGUCAACUUUGGAGCGUCACUUCAAGGAGAUAACUUAUGGCAUCGACCUGAAGUCCACAAUGGACGCUUUCAAGCCGAUGAUGAAGGCACUCCGCAUGGUCUGGGUCAUUUCCCGGCAUUAUAACAAUGAUGAGCGAAUGGUUCCUCUGUUUGUGCGCAUUGCCAAUGUCAUCCGAAGGCGGGUCUCUGUCGCCGUUGACUUUCCCAACGUACUCAAGAAACCAUCCGGCAUCUUCAAGAGCACCGUUGGUCAGGCGCAGGACUGCCUGCGCCUCUGGAAGUCAGCCUACAUGGACAUGCGAGCCAAGAUCGAGGCGUCCGGCACGGACGCGCGCUGGGAGUUUGAUCGCAAGAAGCUGUUCGAGCACACGGACUACAUGGCAGAUAUCUGCCAGGAUCUCUACGAGAUGGCAGAGAGUAUUGAGGAGAUGGAGAACAUCCUGGGACCGGAGUUGAAGGCCGUCACAGGAGAUGCUCGCAGUGUGGAGGCCACGCUGGCUGAAGUCAACAACAUGCGUAACAUGUUCGACACGUUCACUGCCGAUAUCUUCGACAUGCAGUCCAGCGUUGCCUGGUCACAGAGAAUCGAGACAGUGCAGGAACGAGGUCGUGCUUUGGAGCAUUCCAUCAAUGACUUCAUUGACAAAUCGUUCGAGACACUGCGUUCCAGCGAGGCAGCCUUCGACAUGUUGCUGAACUUCAAGCAUGUGAAGACACGCAAGUCCAUCUCGGAGCGUGUGCUUGCCAAGAAGGAGGAGAUUCUCGCCCAGUUCAUGAAAGAGGUCGAGGCUGUAAGAAAACUCUACAAUGAGUAUCUCAAGAAGCCGCCGUUAAUGAAGAACGUCACGCCAACAGCCCUGCGCAUCAAGUGGGCGCAGGAUCUGUUCUUCAACAUCAAGCACCUGAUCAUCCGCUUCCAGAAUGCCAAGGAAAUGCUGGAGGGAGAGAGCGGGCGACUGGCCAGUGAGAAGUACAGAGAGGUGGCGAGGCUACUUAAGGCGGAGGAGACAACUGCCUACGAGGAAUGGGUCGAAGCCGUCGACGGGAAUCUGUCAGAUACACUCCGGCAGCCGAUUCUUGUCCCCACCAAGCAGCACAUAGGGAAAGCGGCCAUGAUCGAUCCCGUCGACAAGAAAGUAAAGCCGACUGUGACGGCGCAUGGAUCGCGACCGCCGACGGAGAUGGACAAGUCGUCGGUUUCGAUUGCCGUGUCGUCUACCAAGUGUAUCUACUUUGAGUACGUUGUCAACUUUCCUGCCGAGCUACGUAUGCUGGUGCUGGAGACGAAGAGUCUGGAACAACUCGGCUAUCCUGUGCCAGAGCUGGCUAGGAACGUAUCCCUACAGGAGACGCGGUUCAUUUCGCUCGUCGACAGCUUGGACCUGGUCAUGCGUCGGUGCAGGGACACAAUCGCCAGCCUUACUCCGCCGGAGAGGGAGCUACUGGAUGCAUACGUGUGGGACCUGAACUCCAAGAUCGAGCCUGGCGUUGCCGCUCUCAACUGGAAUGCCCUCGGUAUCCAGGACUACAUCUCCAGAUUCGAAAGACAUCUGAACAAGUUCAUCACACUCGUGGAGCGAGUGCGCAAGAAUGCACGCGAGAUCGAGACGCGAGUGUGUACCAUCGAGGGUGCCGAUCUCUUCCACAUGGCCACCGGCCAGGCAAGCAGCGCAGAACAGAAGACUGUGGAAGAUGUAACCACUACCAUGACAGAGGAAGCAUCUCCAGCAAAGUAUGUCCACGGUGCUGCUGGCGCGGGAUCGCAAGUGGGACGGUAUGGCGCUCAGCUUCCCGAUAUCAAGGAAUACUUUGAGAGUGUGACCAAGGCUCGGCGUCGGGCUACCCGGAUACUCGUGCACCAGUACCGCGCCAUAGGUCCUCUUCUCACCAAGAUAGAGAGUUUGGUUGUACGUACCAACUCUGGCUGCUCGCCGACGAUGGCUCCAUUCUACACGUUCUGGGAGAAGCGCAUCUACCAGGCUCUGUGCAACAUGGCCAUCAACAACAUGAAGUGGCUGUACUCUCAGUUGGUGUCCGAUCAAGCUAUCUUCACUGUUGGUAUUGCCCUGGUUGGCUCAGAUAUCUCCAUGCAACCACCCAGUAGUGAAGUGCGAAAGCUUAUCCUCCAUGCCACGCGCGAAGUGGUCGAAGUCUGCAAGCACUUUGUACGAUGGCAGAAUGGCUCGUGCGUGGAGACGGAACCACAGGACGUGGAAGGUCAGGACGAACCGGAAACGUUCAGCUUCCUCACCUCGGUGCAAGAGAAUGAUACGAUCCUACAGAUUGCUCAGGCUGUUGUUGUCAGGAUCAACGAUUGCUUGAAGGAGGCCGGCCGUCAACUCAGCUACUGGCGACGAUUCCGACCGCUAUGGAAGAGCGAGAAGGGUGCCAAUAUGGAGCGCUUCACCGCCAAGAAACCGUCCUGUGUGGCCUAUGAUGAUAAGUUACUCUUCUAUGAAGCUAAAGAUGGUGUGGUACUGUCAAACCCACGUCAGCAUCAGAUUAGCUUCAUGCUUCUCAAGCAGGGUCUUGUCAUACAGCAGAUCUCCAAGCAUGCCAAGGACUGGGUGUCAUGUCUUGCGCAGGGACUGCACGCAUACACCAAGACUGCACUGGAUGAACUGACCGAUGAGCUCACGGGUCUGUCGGAGGAUCUUACGCGCUCGCCCGACUCACUGGUGAAUCUCAAGUUUGUCCUGAGUGUCAUCGCUAAGAUCCGUGACAUGUCCGUCGAGGUGGAAGAACGCUACCUGGACAUUCAGGAACGCUACCGCACACUGAUGAUGCGCGGACAACAGGUCAAAGACACGAUUCCAAGAGAAGAGUUGGCGGCAGCUGAGAACUUUUCGGAAGUUUGGAGUGAGUUGUUCCAGCAGGCCCGGCGGGUUGAUCGCAGUCUCGUCAAAGUCAAGAAGAAGUUCACAAAGACCACACUGUUGGAGGUGUCGGAUUUCACCGCGUCAGUCGACACGUUUGCUGAUGACUUUGCAACCACAGGGCCUGGAGCGGUGGGAGAGGACCUGGAUGCUGGUCAGGACAAGCUGACGGAAUACUGUCAGAAAUUUGACGAGUAUGAGGCUCGACGCCAGGAGUUGGCCAACGCUGAGAAGCUAUUCGACCUGUCGAUCACGGCCUACCCGAAUCUCGCCAACAUAGACCAUCAGAUUGGCCGACUUCGCAAGAUCUACACUCUGUAUGGCGAACAGAAGAAAGCGCGCGAGGAGUGGUCCUCUACCCUCUGGGCCAAUCUGAACAUUGAGCGCUUGACGAACGGCAUCGAAGGCUUCCUAAAGAAGGCACGUCGAAUGGAGAAAGACAUCAAGGAGAUGUCGGUGUUCCGUGUUCUUGAGGAGAACAUGCGACAGUUCAAGGACUCCGUUCCUCUCAUUGAGGACUUGAAGAACGAUGCUCUGCGCGAGAGACAUUGGACAAAGCUGAUGGACUCAACCAAGCAGAAGUUCGACAUGAACCCGGAAACGUUCACGCUCAGCAACCUAUUCGCCAUGGGUCUCCACAAGUAUGCCGACAUCAUUGGUGACAUCGUGACGAGCGCUACCAAGGAACUGAGCAUUGAGAAAGGCAUUGCGGAGGUGCGAGAGACGUGGAGCCAGCUGUCGUUCACGCUACACCGCUACGUCAAGGGCACACAAGACCGGGGAUUUGUCCUCGGUGCUGUGGAUGAGAUCCUCCAAACGCUGGAUGACAACUCUGUCAACCUGCAGAGUAUGUCGGCAUCUCAGUUUGUGGGACCUUUUCUGGAGCAAGUGCAACGCUGGGAGAAGAGCCUAUCGCUCAUCAGUGAGGUUGUCGAGGUGUGGAUGGUUGUGCAACGCAAGUGGAUGUACUUAGAGGGGAUCUUUAUUGGCGGCGACAUUCGCUCACAGCUGCCCGAGGAGGCCAAGAAGUUUGACGCCAUCGACAAGACAUUCAAGAAGAUGAUGGCUGAGACAUCCAAGAAGAAAAAUGUCCUGGAAGCGUGUAGCGUUGCCAAUCGCUUGCAGGAGCUUCAAAUGCUCAGCAACGGCUUGGAGAAAUGUCAGAAGAGCCUCAACGACUACUUGGACAGCAAGAGAAACGCGUUCCCGCGUUUCUUCUUCAUCUCCGACGACGAGCUGUUGAGUAUUCUGGGCAGCAGUGAGGCGACGUGUGUUCAGGAACAUAUGAUCAAGAUGUUUGACAACAUUUCCAAACUGGAUUUCCAGCCGAACCCGACCUCGCCAGAAGAGUUACUUGCCCAUGCCAUGAUCAGUGGUGAGGGCGAGAGAAUGGAUUUCCGCUCAAACAUCGAAGCCGAAGGGAGGGUUGAAGAGUGGAUGACAAGUGUACUGGAAGAGAUGCGACGUACAAACCGUCUCCUCACCAAGGAGGCCGUCUUCAAGUACAUGGAGGACAACAAACCGCGUGUCCAGUGGAUGUACGAAUACCAGGGAAUGAUCAUUCUUGCCGCUAACCAGGUUUGGUGGACGUGGGAAGUCGAAGAUGUCUUCUCCAAAGUGAAGAAAGGAGACAAGAUGGCUAUGAAGAUGUACAGCAAGAAACUGCACGCACAGCUCGACGAAAUCGUCGUGCAGAUUCGAGGUCAGCUGCCGAAGAACGAUCGUAAGAAGCUCAACACAGUGCUGAUCAUCGACGUUCACAAUCGCGACAUCAUCGACCGCUUCGUCCGUGACAGUAUCAUGGAUGCUCGUGAGUUUGAAUGGGAGAGUCAACUGCGUUUCUACUGGCUACAGAAUAUUGACGACCUGAUUAUCCGCGGAUCUAGCGCUAGCAACAAUCGCUCGUGA